CUAGUCGUUGAUACUACUCUACAAAACAACAACCGUCCAAAACCACACCCUACAAUUUGACUUCUUAUUACCACCGCUUCCAAUCUCAGCUUCUCACACACGAUCCGUCACCGGAACCACCAAUCGCCACCGUUACGAAUGGCGUGGUUAAGAUCUGCCGUCAACAAGGCCGUCGAGGUCGGUAACAAGAACAACCUCACUCGCACCGUCAAGAAUUACGCCGAUACUGUUGUUCAACACGCCGGUCAAGCCGUUGCCGGCGGCGCUAAAAUCUUCCAUGACCGACUUGGGGCUAGAAGUUUCAAAAGCUUUAAGCAGACUGUAAGAAGAUUAGAAGAAGCAUCCAUUUCCGCCAGAGGUCCAGAAAGGAUACUCUUGAUGCGAAGAUGGCUUGCUGCGCUAAAAGAAACCGAAAAAUUUUCAGGGGGCUCUCUUGAAGAUGACGACAAGAAUCAAGAACCACAUUUUCCUUCUGAAGAACUGAAUGACAAUCCGAAAAAGCCCUCUCUAGUUCUGUACUACGACUCUGAUAUGGUUGGAGAUCCAAUGAAUUUCCGUGAUGUUUUUCUUUACAGUCAAGCUUUGGAGGGUAUUACAAUAUCUAUGAUUCUUGUACCGCCAAAUGAGGAGGAGGUUUCUCUGCUUCUGGAAUUUUUCGGUUGCUGUCUUACUGGAGGAAAAGAAGUUCAUAACGCGAUAGUCAGUAGCAUCCAGGAUCUGGCAAAAGCAUUUUCAGGCUAUGAAGAUGAAGUGUUAGUAAAGCGCGAGGAGUUACUGCAGUUUGCACAAGGUGCCAUCACUGGUUUAAAAGUCAAUGCAGAGCUUAAAAGAAUAGAUGCUGAAGCCUCUGUGCUCAAGGAAAAGCUUGAUGGAAUGGAAUCAUCUGCGGAGAUAAUUGGUGACGGGUAUGAAAAAGCGUCUAAAGAAGCAACCAUUGCUACAAUAGAGGCUCUGAAGAAGGCUCUGGCGCAUAUUAGAGUUUGCUCUAAGCUAGAAGGGCUUCUACUGAAGAAGAAGAGGCUUUAUGGUGGAGAAACCCCUGAGGUUCAUGCUCAAAAGGUGGAUAAGCUGAAAGUGUUGUCGGAAUCUCUUGUUAGCUCCUCGACAAAAGCCGAAAAGCGUAUUUCUGAUAACAGAGUUCAGAAAGAGGAAGCUUUGAAUUUCCGUGUCUCUAAAGCAAGUGAAGUUGAUGAAAUAGAGAAGGAAUUGGCUGCUGAGGUUGCAGGUCUUGAGAAACAGAGAAAUGACCUUGAAGCUGAACUAAAACGGGUCAACAUCUCACUGGCAGCUGCCAACGGACGGCUUCAGAACGUUAGGGAAGAGAGGGACCAGUUUUACGAAGCUAAUGAUCAACUUGUUGCACACUUGAAAACAAAGGAAGACGAGCUAGUGAAAUCCAUUAGCUCCUGUAAGCAAGAAGUGAAUGUCUUGAAUACUUGGGUCAAUUUCUUGGAAGAUACAUGGGUUCUUCAACGUGCUAAUACAGAGACCAAGGAGAAGCAAGUCAGUGAUGAAUUGACAAACCACGAGAAUUAUUUUGUCAACUUGGUCGCUAAACUGCUUUCCGCUUAUGAGGAGGGAUUGAAGCCUUCUGUUGAGCGUAUCGAGAAAUAUGUUGAAAACUUGAAGAGCUUAAGCGGAGGGUCAGAUCCACCAUCCAAUGUGGAUAAAGAAGCUUCCAAAGUGAUAAAUCCUAGAAGAAGCCUAGAGGAGGAAUAUCUAGACUAUGAAGCAAAGAUCAUUACAACCUUCAGCGUGGUGGAUAACAUGAAAGAACAGUUCUAUUCUGAACACGGGAAAGCUUCCAGGAAAGAAGAUACCCGAAUCAAAGAACUGUUUGAAAAUAUUGAGAAGUUGAGAGUAAAGUUUGAUUCAAUCGAAAGGCCGAAUCUUGAAAUGGAGAAUCCUGAUGAAGCAGAGGAGACAGCUGAUGCUGAAACGAGCACCAAGCCAGCAGACAAACCUCAGACCCAGACACAGAUCCAGACAGAGACCCGGACAAAUGAGCAACGGGCGAAGUCACCCACUGCAAAAGGCGAUCAGGGUCAGGGUCUUGACCCAGAAGCUGAACUAGCAAAGCUGGAGUCUGAGUUUGGUAAAGUUAACCGUGAGUACACAGAGGAAGAGAUCGGCGACUGGGAAUUUGAUGAGCUUGAAAAGGAAUUAAGCAAAUAGAUAAAAUGUUUUGGCUACAAUCAAACAAUAAGUUAAAAAAAAGGAGUGGCUUUGUAUGUACAUAAUUAAAAGUCUGGUUGAUUUGAUUAUGUGCCUUGUUUAUGUAAUUUACGAAGCUUGUACAAUAUCACACAACUUUUAUAUGUGAUUCUUGAUGCUUCUCAAAAAAAUCUUAGUUACGUUACGUGUUUUAAA